AUGCCACCUUACAACCUGAGAUGGGGGAUCAUUGCAACAGGAUCGAUCUCAAGCGAGUUUGCCAGGGAUCUGCUGGUCGAUCCUGCUACCAGAGGUGUUGCUGACAUAUCUCACAACAUCAGCGCUGUGGGAUCUCGAUCCGUUGCUUCUGCGCAGAAGUUCAUCAACUCUCUCUCUUCAGCUAUCCCCUCGGAAGGUUGGCACUGGGGAGUGGAAAAUGGUAAAUUGGGAGGGGUAAAAGCAUGUGGAUCGUAUCAGGAAGUCUAUGAUGAUCCGAAUGUGGAUGUGAUAUAUGUGGGCACCCCUCCCUCAGCUCAUCACCAAAACGUAAAAGACGCAUUGUUAGCGGGAAAACACGUUCUCUGCGAGAAGCCAUUCACCUUUGACCUGGAGGAGUUGGAUGAGCUCAUAUCUAUAGCCAAGGACAAGAAGCUCUUCCUGAUGGAAGCGGUAUGGACUAGAUUCCACCCUCUUGCAGCCAAAGUUGCUAAGGUUAUCGAUUCCGGGAAGCUGGGCAAGCCACAAAGAUUCUCAGCGGAUUUUUCAAUGGACUGGAAGCCUGAUAAUGAACCUGCGAGCCACCGAAUGCUUGAUCCGGCGUUAGGCGGGGGCAGUUUGCUUGACAUGGGACCUUAUCCGUCUGUGUGGGCUAUGCUUCUGGUUCAACGGAACCCUCAUAACCGCGAUCAAGAUCCUCAAGUCCUUUUCUCACAUCAGACUCUUUACGAGCGUACUCAAGUGGACUUGAACUCUCGAUGGCUGGUCCAGUGGAAAGAUUUGUGCCAAGGGUUGCUUCUCAGUGAUCUCAGUGCUUCUGGGCAACGGGAGGCCACCGCGGUUCUACAAUGCGAGGAAGGGGAUCUGGUCAUACAUUAUCCUCCUUACAAGGCUGAAACCUUUUCCAUCGUCCCUCGCCCAGAUCGUUUUGCUGGUAGUAUCACCCAGAAGACCACACAUCACCAUCCAGUAGCUCAAGGUAACAACGGGUUAUCAUACGAAGCUGACGAGGUAGCAAGGUGUCUGAGAGAUGGCAAGAUCGAGAGUGAAAAGAUGCCGUGGGCGGAAAGUAGGAUUGUACAGGGAUGGUUUGAUGUGGUCAGAAAGCACGGCCCAACGCCUCUGGCUAAUGUCAAGGGUACUGCGGGACAAUGA